AUGUCUGAAGAGUACGACGUCCUCAUCUGCGGCAGCGGCUCAGCUGGCCUUUGCGCAGCAGUCUGGCUAGCUCGGUGCGGUAUCAACUUCAAAAUCCUCGAGCAACGCGAAGGCCCCCUCAAGCAAGGCCAGGCAGACGGCGUGCAAGUCCGCACAGUCGAAAUCCUGGAGCACCUGGGUCUCUCAGAGGACGUGCUGAAGGAAGCCUACCACGUUCUCGAACUCGCAUUCUGGUCUCCAGACGGCAGCGGCGGCAUCCGCAGGUCGCAUCUCGAGCCGGACACCGAGCCUGGACUCAGUCAUCUACCCCAUGUCAUUUUGAACCAAGCACGCAUCAACGAGAUUUUGAUUGAGGAUAUUGUGAAGUCGUCUGGCCAGUCGCACAUUCAGUAUGGGAGCGACAUUCGCGAAGUCGUUGUCGAGAGUCAGGCUGCUGGAAACCCCGACGCCCGUUGCGUGACUGUGAAAGCCAUUGAGAAGGGCGGUUGUGAUGGAGCCCAUAGUGCCGUCAGAAAAUCUCUGGGCUUCAAGAUGGUGGGCGAUAGCAGUGAUGUGGUCUGGGCUGUCAUGGACAUCUACCCCAGGACAGACUUCCCAGACAUCCGCAAGAAGAGCGUCAUCCAGUCUGACUCGGGGAACCUCGUCAUCAUCCCGCGAGAGGGCGACGAAAUGGUCAGGUUUUACAUGGAAAUGCCAGUGUCGACACCGGGCGACGUUACACCCGAGAGGGUCAAGGAGCGCAUCGACGGCAUCUUCAAGCCGUACCAAGUUGACAUUGCCGAGACAUCAUGGUUUUCUGCGUACUCUAUCGGACAACGCCUCGCGGACCACUUCACCAAGGACCAUCGCGUCUUCCUUACCGGCGACGCGUGCCACACGCAUUCACCCAAGGCUGGACAGGGAAUGAAUGUCAGUCUCCAGGAUGGCUACAACAUUGGAUGGAAACUGGCUGCCGUCCUCCGAAAGCAUGCGAGUCUCUCGAUUUUGGAGACUUACGUGUCGGAAAGGCACCAGACUGCCAAGGGCCUCAUCGACUUUGACAGGCAAUUUGCCAAGAUGUUUUCUUCGACAUAUCGAAGAGAGCAUGGGUACACCCCCGAAGACUUCCAGGACUAUUUCAUUAAGUCAGGGAGGUACACUGCUGGCUUAGCUACGGAGUAUAAGCCCUCAAUUCUUGUUCGGCCUGGCACGGACGAUAAAUUGGCGUCUGGUGUAGGUGUGGGAACGAGACUCCAAACCGCGCAAGUCGUUCGGUUCUCCGACGCCAAAGCCAUGCAACUUUCACAUGCUCUUCGUGCCGACUCAAGGUGGUCCUUGGUUGUCUUCCCAGGCGAUAUCUCACAACCGCACGGGGAGAAGCGUCUGUUUAGGGCCGCUGAACAGCUCGAGGCGUUGAUGCGGCAGCUUCCCAUCAUUGAUAAGUCUAUACACGGCUUUGUCAGCCUAGUAUUAGUACUCAAAUCCGAUCGAAAAUCAUUGGAAGAAAAGAAGAUACCUCGUCUAUUCACCCCAACCGCUGGAACUCGGCAAAUUAAAUUCCUCCGAAAUGUUCUCGUCGAUGAUGCUAGUUACCAUGCGGGCCACGGCGAAGCCUAUGCGAAAUAUGGCGUUGACCCAGAGAUUGGGGCAAUGGUGCUUGUCCGACCAGACCAAUACGUUGCCGGAAUAUUUGCAUUUGAGGCCGUUGAAGGCAUCUCAAGAUUUUUCAACGAAUUUGUGGAGCGAACGACCAAUGGAGUUCACUAA